UUGGCCUGCAUGGAGGACGAACUCACGGACAGCUGCAGCUCCGGCGUGUUCUCGAGCGACGAGAACGGAGACUGGAGCAGCGACGAAGUGAGUCUCGACGGCUACUCGGACGACGAAGACGCAGACGACGACGACGACACUUCCUCAAUGUACGCGUACCAAGGCGAGCGCUGGUACUGGACGCCGCCAAGCUCGACCAACAGCGUCCAGAGCUACGAGGACAAGUACGAGACGGCCAGCCAGCGCAGCGCGGACUUGGACGAGUUCGGGCUUGAGCGCGCAGACGAGCACUACCGACGCCCCACGAUGUACGCCAUGCCGUCGAUUGACUUUGGCUCGGACGGCGUUGUCGACUCCUGGGUCGACCGCUACGGCUCCAGCCGAUCCGACUUCACCUACGUCGCGACAGUGCCCGACGCAAUCGACACAGACGAGGCCCAGGAACCUCGACACGAGCUGCCUCCUCACCUCGCUGGCUUCUACAUCCCCGUGCUG